ACGUGUAAAAGUUAACCGAUUGUUGUUUAGUUGAAUCCGCGCUAUCGCCGUUUUCUAAAUUCUAUAUUAUUCAUUUUCCUAUAUUUUUGUGUACGCGUAAUAUUGCUUGCCGCAAGACAUUAUUGUGUUGUAAUUUUAUAUUCUAUCUCUGCUAUAAUUCCUCGCUAGUGCGCUUCUUAUAUUUAUAUUUAUAUUCUUAUCUUCACUGCUCAUAUCGCCAUAUAUCCUGUACCAAUAUUUUGCUUUAAAUAACAUUAAAAUGUCUGACCUUGUUCCAAGAUUGGACAAUGACACGUCGCACAUCGACAGCGGCGACACCGCCUGGAUCCUUGUGUCAGCCGUUUUGGUUUUCAUCAUGUCACCUGGAAUCGGAUACUUUUACAGCGGCAUGGCCCGCAGCAAGAAUGCAGUCAGCUUGGUUUUCCUGUGCAUGGUGGCCAUGGCCGUCGUCAGCGUCCAGUGGAUGAUCUGGGGUUACUCGCUGGCGCUGUCAGACACCUCCAACAGCCCCUUUAUCGGCAACCUCUCCUACGGUCUUCUGCUCAACGUCGGCGACAAGCCGCACGCGAACGCGCCGACUAUCCCUGGAAACGUUUACGCUAUCUUCCAGUGCAUGUUUGCUGCCCUCACGCCGGCCCUGGCUUUGGGUGGCGCCGCCGAGCGCAUCCGCAUUUUCCCGGCCAUCCUGUUCUGCUUUGUCUGGACAACCAUUGUGUACGACCCCAUUGCUUACUGGUCUUGGGCACCCAAGGGGUGGAUGAACGUCAUGGGAGCACUGGACUAUGCUGGAGGAACACCUGUGCACAUUGCCUCUGGGUUCGGCGCUCUGGCCUUUUCGCUUGUUCUCGGCAAACGCCAGGGCUUUGGUCACGAAAAGUUUGAGCCCCAUAACUACCUCAACAUUAUCCUCGGCACCUCGCUGCUGUGGUUCGGCUGGUUUGGCUUCAACGGCGGCUCUGCUGUAGCAUCUAACGGCCGUGCUGGCAUGGCCUCUGCUGUCACUCACAUUGCCGCAUGCAUGGGUGGCCUGUCCUGGUCCUUUAUCGCCUACUUCCGCAACGGAAAGAAGUUUUCGAGCUUUCACUUCUGCUCGGGCGCCAUUGCUGGUCUCGUGACCAUAACUCCGGCUUCAGGGUUUGUCGCUCCCUGGGCUGCCCUGGUCUUUGGCGCUGUCGGCGGCAUUGUUUGCCACUUUGCUGUGGACUUUAAGGAGAAAUUUGGCUUUGAUGACGCUCUCGAUGUUUUUGCUGUCCACGGUGUCGGCGGUCUUGUUGGAAACUUGCUGACCGGUAUUUUCGCCAGUAAGACUAUUGCCGCUCUGAACGGUUCCACUAUUAACGGCGGUUGGAUUGACCACCACUGGAAGCAGCUCGGUUUCCAGUUGGCCUCCAGCUGCGCCGGUGCCGGAUGGGCCUUUGUCGUAUCUAUCAUAAUCCUGCUUAUCUUCAACAAGAUUCCCGGCCUGCACCUGCGCAUCCAUGAGGACGGCGAGAUCUCAGGCACUGAUUUCACCGAGAUGGGCGAGCACGGCUAUACUUUUGCCAACAUUGGAGCCAACCGCGUUGGUAAAGACGACGUGUCCCUCGCAGGCUUGGAGCAGGGUAAUACCCGCGAAACUCCCCUUUCGUACCCCGAACUGUCCAGCUCCGGAAAGACAUCCGUUGCCGGCGCCGAAUCCUGCGAAAAGGAUAUUGCUACAAGGGUUUGAGUUUUUUAGCUUGCAUCAUGCACUUGUACUCUGUCGAUAUUACAUUAUCUAUUUUCUGUUAAUUACUAUUUGUUUAAUUUAUCUGUCCAAAUACCCGCCA